AUGGUGUCUCUCUCACCCUUUGUUUUAUUGUCAUCGUCUUUUUCAUGUUCGGGAUCUGGUUCCAAGAAACGCUCAAGAAUCAAGUCAAGAUUUCCAUCGAGGAUUGUAGGACGAACCUCAUAUACGAUAUACCGUGCAGAAAAUACUUCUCGUGAACAACUUCUUAUUCCUUCAGAGCAUAAUAUCGUCGAACCUAUUCAAAGUCAUCAAGGACCGCGUCGAUGCUCAUUUGGCCAAAUUCGGCACUUGUCGAAUCACUCGAAAGGCACAAAGACUGAGGCAAAUAUUCUAAAUAAGGAAUUUGGAAGCCUACUCCCUCAACGGAAAGAACACUACCAGAGAAAAAAAAUUCGGGUAACAAUGGCGUCAAAAUUUCCACCUUCUGCUGACGGACCGUACAACGUCUUUGGAGAAUCUUUUGAAUCGGCAACAAAAAACAUACAGGGCGAACGACGCAGAUCAUAUGGCAUUGGAGGAGCGGGGAAUAUUCGCAAACCAUCCGAGGUGAUUUAUACUCCACGAGAGAGACGUAGAUCUGGUGCCUUCAGUAGUCCCUCGAUUUCUCCAUCCAUCUCUCCCGCUACGAAGAAAGAAAACUUCUUGUCAUGGCUUGGAAUCGGAAUCGGCAAAAAAGAUGAGAAAUAG